UCCUGAUGUCCUCUGAUGCUGCUGACUCCUGUCUUUGUGUUUCCACAGCCGCCCCUGGAGCCGUGGAAACUCUACUCCACAGUGGGAGUGCUCCUGGCCAUCGACUUCCUGUCGCUCAUGAUCUGGCAGAUCGUGGAUCCUCUGCACAUCACCGUGGAGAGGUUCACUAAGGAGGCUCCUAAGGAGGAUCUGGACGUCCUGAUCCAGCCUCUGCUGGAGCACUGCAGCUCAGAGAAGAUGAACACGUGGCUCGGCGUGGUUUACGGCUAUAAGGGUCUGCUGCUGCUGCUGGGCAUUUUCCUGGCCUAUGAGACCAAGUCUGUCUCCACAGAGAAGAUCAACGACCAUCGAGCCGUGGGGAUGGCCAUUUACAACGUGGCUGUGUUGUGCCUGAUCACGGCUCCGGUGACCAUGAUCCUGUCUUCGCAGCAGGACGCCUCCUUUGCCUUCGCCUCCCUGGCCAUCGUCUUCUCCGCCUACAUCACUCUGGUGGUGCUUUUUGUACCGAAGAUGCGGCGUCUCAUCACCCGCGGCGAAUGGCAGUCGGAGCAGCAGGACACUCUGAAGACCGGGUCGUCCACCAACAACAAUGACGAGGAGAAGUCCAGGCAGCUGGAGCGGGAGAACCGGGAGCUGCAGAAGAUCAUCCAGGAGAAAGAGGAGCGGGUGUCUGCCCUUCGCAACCAGCUGGCCGAGCGACAAGCUAUACGUAACCGCCGCCAGCCCACCUCAGGCCAGAACCAGAACCACAACACUCCUCCUCCAGCGUCUCACACCGAUCCCAAGUCUCUGCUGCCCCCUCCGGGGUACUCUCACCCCACCUCAGACAAUCACUCGCUGCCGCCAUCCUUCUCUAACUCCUCCAGUCUCUACCCAGCUGACAGCAAGAUGAGCCGCAACCACUGUCACAACAGCCAGAUCCCGCUGCUGUACAAGUAGGCGGGAUGGGGGGGUGGGGGUGGGAUGGGGGGUCGGGGGUAUCAUGAAGCAUAAACUGGAACAGUCACCUUGUUUGGAAGGAAAGCACAGGAGGUUACACCACCCAAACAUAGCACACAGAGACAGUGUCCAUCACGUCUGGACUGCGGGGGUCCUCUUCACCUGCGGGGGUCCUCUUCACCUGCGGGGGUCCUCUUCACCCGUGGGGGUCCUCUUUACCUGCGGGGGUCCUCUUUACCCGCGGGGGUCAUGUGAACAUUCAGCCCCCUCCAUUGUAUCUUUGAGGAGCGGGGAUGUUUAAGGAUGUUUCUUUGCUGUUUGGUCGGAGGGGUUUGGUGACUGAGCUCCACAUGCAGUGGAUGUUUCUGUUGUUCUCUAAGAUCUGAUCUGACUCGUCUUGGACUUGUUGUGUGACGUUUUGUUCACCCUCCAGGAGGAACUGUACAGAUUUCGCGCAGCGAUCCAGUGAAGAGCGGCUGAGCUGGGAUGUCCAGGGUCGCUGUGCUUCAUGUCAUCACCUUACCUGAAAGGUCAGGGAUCCGCAUCUUCAGACUGCAGCUCAACGAUUAGCUUUUUAUGGAUGGACAGAAUAAUUAGAGCUUCAGGAAGUUUCUGAUGGUUUCAGUCUGUUUGCUCUUUGUGUUUUUAACGUCUUCUAACCUGAGAUUGAUUAGUGAUGAUAGAAGCUUUUCCAUCUGUGGCCCCAAACUCUGAAGACAAUACCUGUCCACUUCUACUGGAACCUCUGACCCCGUUCUUCAUAACAGCCUCACCCUGAGACCAGAGAACAUCAUCAGGUCCAAUCGCUAUGUCUGUAGGUUCUAAUCUACCAAAUAUCACGGUUCUAAAUGGGUUCUAGAGUUUCUAGCUCUAGAGGUUUGUGUAGAAAUACAAAAAGCUUCUUAUUCGGCAUCAGGACCUGAGCCCACCGGGUCGACCAAACACUCCUCUUUGUACCAAAGAUAAAAACCUCUUAUUCUGAUCAAUAAACCCUCCAAACUUUCAGCAAACCUGAAUGCUUUGAUCCCUCAAACACCGAGACACCCUGCAGAGCUUGAUCUGUUGAUUUUAACACGUUUCCUCUGAUCAGCCAAUCAGAAAUGAGGGAAGAGAGCGGCGCCAUGUGGGCCCUGGAACCCAGAGCUUCAGUCAGUCAGAACCACCUUAUGUAGACUGAAGAUCAGAACCAUUAAGCAAGGUUCUACUUAACAAGACAUUGGUUCUGUUCUGUGCUGACCUGAUCUAGUCAGAACUGGUUAGAGCUGGUCUGAACUGGUCUGAACUGGUCUGAACUGGUCUGAACUGGUCUGAACUGUUCUUAUCUGGUCUGAACUGUUCUUAUCUGGUCUGAACUGUUCUGAUCU